GGUUGUGACUGAGUUUUACAAAUCACUAUAGACUUCCUCUCAAGAAAAAUCCAUCAGAGUUUCGAGGAAUAUGGAUUCAUCGCCGGCAACCACCACAGGCGGCGGCGGAAACAACAUUAUGGUCUCGCAAUCAACCGCUGCGUCGCCUAUGGAUUCUUCAGCCACCGCCGCCGCAACCUCAGUUGACGAUCCUAAACAGAAUUUAACUCAAGUUAUAAAUUCAAUCCAGAAAACUCUCGCCCUCCUCCAUCAGCUCUACCUCACCGUCUCCUCCUACAAUGUUGCUUCCCAACUCCCUCUCCUCCAGCGCAUGAAUAAUCUAGUGUUGGAAUUGGAUAAUAUGACGAGAUUAGCAGAGAAGUGUAACAUUCAGGUGCCCAUGGAGGUUCUAAAUUUGAUAGAUGAUGGGAAGAAUCCUGAUGAGUUCACACGGGAUAUGUUGAAUGGAUGCAUUGCCAAGAACCAGAUUACUAAAGGGAAAACAGAUGCCUUCAAGGGCCUGCGAAGACAUCUCCUUGAAGAACUGGAGCAGGUAUUUCCUGAUGAAGUUGAAACUUAUAGGGAGAUACGAGCAGCAUCUGCAGCCGAAUGCAUUUUGUGAUGACAAGGCCUGAGCAACUAACUACUCCCUCGGCCCCCAAACAAUAGUGAUAAGAGUAAAGGCCGGAGACAUAUGAACAAGAACAUAUACUGGAAAUAAAGAAUUGAAAGAACAGGAACGGAAAAUAUCUGAAUGGAUAGAAUUAACUAAUGAAAGAAAUACAAGAAACAAAGAUUUGUCCCCGGGUCUACGUUGAAAGUUUCUACAUUUCUUUCGGAGACACAAGACAAAGUUAAUCCUCUUAUUUCUAACUGUUAGUGUAACUCUCCUCUAACUCACCAUGGGCAAGAGAUGGACUCUCCGUGAGAGGACAGAACGUACUAGAGGAGAUAGCUUGUUGUCUUGAACUCUUCCUUGUUCUUGUUCUUGUUCUUUCUUUGAUAACAGACAUGUAACUUACCUCUAAGGAGCUUACAGCUCGUGAGUGGCCAUACAACUAUUCUUCAGUCCUUAGCUCAAGUCGGAGUUAGCCUCAGCCAUAGUAGGAGUUCGGAGGAGUCAAGUCAAGGAGGCGACGUUACAAGUGAGAAAAUAUAGCAACAAACCUAAUCCUAAUUUAAAUAAUAAUAAAUCCUAAUAAACUUAAUUUAAAUAAUAAUAAUAAAUCCUAACUAAACUUAACUAAGUAUGCAUAUCCUGCGAUAUGCAUAUCUGUAUCAAAUAGUCUAUCUCUCUCUCUUUUUUUUUUUUUUUUUUCUAUUUUGGUCUGCCUCACAAAAUUAGUCCACUUUCAUUUUUGGUAAGUUUUUGUUCUUUUAUGAGGUGGACCUCAUUCUCCAUUAACAAUACAUUAAUCACUGUUUCUUUCUAUUUUUCUCCUAUACUUUACUAAUUU